AUGACUCCUCCUGUCGUAUUUUCACCUCUUAUUCCCACCAUUUCUCUCCUAAUUGCUUUUACAGUGCCUGUCUCUGGCACAAUCGAUGUACGCUCUGGAACUAUAGAGAGGCCACCACUGGACAAGCCACUUUUCGCCAUCCAGAUCGGUAGCAUAGUCGCUUCCUACGUGAUCUUUGUUGCUGUUCUCCUUGCUCUCCUCCUCUUUGUUGGCCGAAGACUGCGUCGUUCGGUGCACUCAUCAAACUACUCACUGCAGAUGGAAAUAUUGAGGCCGAUUAAACCCCCGCCCAGUAUAGAUCCCAGUCCAGUCUCUCCAAUAGCACAGAGCAUCCCAAGCCCAAGCAAGUCAAAGUCAAGCCGAUUCAUCUCGUCGUGGGGAAGCCUUCCUGCAUUGAGACCUUCUCAGUCAUCGAUCAACGGCAGCAUGGUGACAGUGGAUGAAUCUAUCGUCGCCUCCGAUCGGCGACGAGCCCAGGAUGAAAUGGAGAUGCUAUAUGCGGCGGUCAUGGAGUACGAUGCCCAGAAAGCUUCGGGCGUUGAUAUUUCUGCGGGAGAGGCAGACUUCCAGACGAAGACCCCAGACAGCCAGUAUAGCAAUCCGUUCACCGACCGUCACGCCUUGCAGCUUUCAGAGAUACCUCCUGCCGUGCCACCCAAGUCUCCAAAUCCAUUCAACUCAUCUCGCCUCUCGAAGCUGUUCAGCUCGAGAUCAGGCUCGAAUCCUGACAUGGGCAGGCUGAAGUCCCCCAAGUUCUCAGUCCGAAAAAUGAACAUUUCCUCUCCUCUUGCCUCACCAGAUACGAGCGCUCCGACAUACCUUGGACACGAGCAGCCGCUAUCACCGCGGCUCUACAACCCAGGCCCUCCACCAGCUGCUCCAUCAGCCGGUCUUCGGAUGCCAUCAGCAGUCGCGCAAGUGCUGCCUCGACCGUCGGGGCGAGCCCGGCCACCGGCUCCACUGACCCUAGCUACUACACCCCAAUCUACCUCCUCUCUACCAUUUCGUGAUGCUUACCCGGAUUCUCUGAAGACUGCGCCUGCCACGAAAACAACAAUUCUGGAAAGGCCGGACAAAAACAGGGGACCCAUCACAGGAGUGCCUACUCCAUACACUCCGUAUAUGCCAUUCACUCCUGUGACACCAUUUACACCGGGGCGAAUUGUGAGUAAACGACAACGCAAAAGGGAAGAGCGUAGCAACGGCCUGCGGGUUUUGAAUGAAGAUGAUCUGGUUAAAGAUGACGAUGACAUAUGGGGUUAG